AUGACCGACUGCAGGCGAGCUAGGCCGGAGAUUCGAGACCUGCUGGCGGACUUUGAGCUGAGAACGGUUACUGUGGAAACGGCGAAGCACUAUGCGAAGGUGCUUCCGGCGAACAUCGACGCCUACGAGCGCAUGAUGACGAUGCUGCAGACGUCGACGCUGCGCGAGCAGAAGCUGUCCGUCAUCCUGUCGCAGUACCUGCUCUGCGUCGCUCACCUGCCGCGCGACUGCUCGCCAGACGAGUUCCGCCGGCUCGUGUCGAUGCACAGCGGCACCGUAUGUCGCUGCUUCCUCAUGCCGAGCGAGCUGACAGAUAGCGCUGAAGGCGGGCAACUCGAUGGGCGUCGGGCUCGUGGAAUUUGCGACAGCAGAGCAGGCUGAGCGCACGCGCGACCGCAUGAACGAUGAAAGCCUGCGCGGCCACCACCUCCGCAUCUCCUACAGCAUCCCCGGCAUCAGCGCGGCCAUGAUGUACGGCAAGCUGCUCAUGUCAAACACUCACGGAAUUCAGCGUGGCUCCCUGCUGCCGGACCCGGUGUUGAAACGCAAGGCCGCGCAACUAGGUGGCGCCGGCAACCAGCCAGUGAUGAUACCAGGCCUAAAACUCCAGCAGAUGGUGUCAGCGAAUGGAAAAAAGCCACACCAGCUAGGAGCACCAGGCACGAAUCCGAGUGGUAUGGAACCGCCCAUACUCACACAAAUGCCAAAUCAUUUAUUACAGAAUGUUGUAGCCUUGCAACAAAUGCAGUCCCUACUACAGCAGCAACAACAGCAUCAUCAACAACAGCAGCAGCAACAGCAACAACAACAGUUGCAUGCACGGGACAGUGCUAGGCUAAGUCAGCUAAAUGCAAAACCACUGCAACCUAGUCAACAGGUGAACCGGCCGAAUGGUGAACAUCUCCUCAAUGGCUUGCUGAAAUCCGUCGGUGGCGCCACCAAGCACGUGGCGACGAUGCCCGGUAUCAUCAACCCCCUCGCCGGCAUGCCGCCCCCGCCGGUGCCGCCCCCUAGCGGUGUCGACAACCUCGUCGCCACGCAGCAGACGCUCAUCAACCUGCUGCUGCAGCAGAAUGCGAUGCAAGGAGGCGGUGGUGGCGGCGGCGCGGGCGGUGGCGCCCCCGCUGCGCACCUCCUCGCCUCGCACCUCGGCGGCGGCGGCGGGUUCGUGCGAUGA